GCAGUCUGCAGGCCACUCGGGCUUUGAUGGUGGCUGCAAUACUCCUGGGCCUUGUUGCUGUGUUUGUUUCUGUAACUGGCAUGAAAUGCAUGAAGUGCAUGGAAGAUGACCAGGUGAAGAAGAUGCGGAUGGCUGUCUUUGGUGGGGUGAUCUUCAUCAUUGCAGGUUUGGCAGCACUGGUGGCCACAUCAUGGUAUGGCAACAGAGUGGCUCGAGCCUUUUAUGACCCUUUCACCCCUGUCAAUACCAGAUUUGAGUUUGGAUCAGCUCUCUUCAUUGGUUGGGCAGCUGCUUCUCUGGCCAUGCUGGGGGGGGCCUUCCUCUGCUGCUCCUGUCCACGGAGAGAAACUUCAUAUCCACCCUCCCGAGGCUACCCAAAAAAUGCCCCCUCCACAGGGAAGGAUUACGUAUAAUGAAGCAAAGGAGUCGCCAGCACUGCUAAUGAAAGCAUUUUGGAAAGGACGCUACAAUGCCACUGUCCUGAGCAGAGUUCAGACUCUAGGUUCUGCCUUCCUCUUCUCCCAAAAAUGUGUAUAUUUUUAUAAUCCUCUUUGCUACUGGACAUAACUUCUCCUUUCUCUCCCAGCCCAUGGAGGAAGGCUAGCCUAGGUUCAUAGGUAUUGCCACUGAAAAGAUGAAACCUCCAAGCUUGGGUUAAGUUUAGUAUUUGGGAGCAAAAGGGAAAAUGAUACUGGUUUUUUAGAUGGAUGUUGGUGCUU